GGUAUGCGCUCUAAGAACGGAGACGGAGGCACCUGCAGCUAGGGCCAUAUGGUGAAGACAAAGCCACGUCAACCCAACCUAGGGUCUCCCCCAUGAGACCCUGGGGAAGGGGACGCAAGGAGUAAGGGCUUCCGCAGCGCCCGUGUCCCCGCCCGUCCUCACCCGCAGCUCCCGGCCCAGCGGCAGCUCUUCAGUCUGGCUAUGCCAGCUGCUCCAAAUGGUCGUGAAUAUCUGCCCAGUACUGUCUAGAACGGUGGCCUGGAGCUACUUACUAAAUAAGAGUUCUACUCUACAGACUCCGCCGAGGGCGGAGAUCGCUGUAGCAACAGGCCACGCCCCACUCGCUGGUUGGGUUUGCGCAGGCGCCCACGGAAGUGGGCCGCAGGAAGAGGAAGUCCCGCCUCUGGCUCUCUGUUCGGAAGGCACACCGCGUAGGAGAAGGAGUCUCCUCAACAAGCCCAAGAGUGAGAUGACCCCAGAGGAGCUGCAGAAGCGGGAGGAGGAGGAGUUUAACACGGGGCCACUCUCCGUGCUCACGCAGUCUGUCAAAAACAACACUCAAGUGCUCAUCAACUGCCGUAACAACAAGAAGCUCCUGGGCCGCGUGAAGGCCUUCGACAGGCACUGCAACAUGGUGCUGGAGAACGUGAAAGAAAUGUGGACGGAGGUCCCCAAGAGCGGCAAAGGCAAGAAGAAGUCCAAGCCAGUCAACAAGGACCGCUACAUCUCCAAGAUGUUCCUGCGUGGGGACUCUGUCAUUGUGGUCCUGAGGAACCCGCUCAUCGCUGGCAAGUAGGGGCCUCCUUCCUGCUGUCAGAACUUGCCCCCUGGUUUUGCAAAGACCUGCCCUCUGUAGUUGAAAUAAUAAAACCGUGUGUUUUUUCUAGUG